ACGAGUUCAAGAGCACAUACGCGGAGUUUUUACGACCGAUAACCAUUAACUUGCGAGAAUAACGCUGGAAGGCUGGAUUCUUUUACAAUUUUCAUAAACUUGUACAUACUGGGUGAGAAUAAAAAUGAACAUUUUUGUGAAGCUUUGCGGUUGUUGUUGCGGGGAUUCCGAGACUGAAGUGGCCAUAACUCAUGUCAUUAAAAGGGAGGAGCCAUGCGUCGCAAAGCCUGAGCCAGAGAAGAGCUCGGAAGGCGCUCGAUUGGUUGUGCCAGAAGAACCUUCUACGCCGCAAGAGGAACAUAUAGAGGAGGAACAACCCAACUUUGUUGCCGUAAAAAAACCCCUAAAGUUCAAGAAAAAGGAAAUUGAAAGAAUCACAAUAACUGGUGCCGUGGCAGCGUUGCCGCCACCACCCAGGGAAGAGAUUGUGGGCGACAUUCCCAGGGUUGGCCCACCCAAGUCACUUCCAAAAAAGAGUGGCGCCUACCUCAUUUAUUCCCUCGAGGAUGGUGGCAGCCUUUGCAUAAGAUAUGCACACGAUGCUCCAUCUAGCGACUUUGCGGGUGUUUUGGCGUUUGUAGAGCCGGGCAAGGAUAUUUCAAAUUACCAUUAUGAAAAUAACGGCGGAAAAUGUAUUUUAUCCACAGGUGUGCAGGAAUAUAUGGGCAGUCGGUUCCAGCACGAUCGCAAAAAGUAUUUCGAGGCUUGGUUGGCCUUUUUGCAGCUUCUAAAAGCACACAGCGGUAACCUCUACCUUUUGUCAGCGUUCAAAGUCUCACCUCCGCCAAAGGUGCUCAUUUUGCUCUACAAGGGCGGUGUCAUUGUCGAGGCGCCACUGGACCAGGCCAUUCACGUUGCAGACUACGAACUCGCCGCAGUGAUUCCCUCAUCACUCGAUUAUAAAGAAAAGUUGGGAGAAGACUAUUCAAGACUCUCAUUUAACUCUAUGGUCACCAAAUUUGGGGCCCUCUUGGAAUUGUCCUGAUUUUGUC